GACAUGUACACAGAUCAUCAGAGCACUGAUGAUCAGUGUGCCCUGAUGAUCUGUGUAGCCCCAGCAGUGCCACCUGUCAGUGUCCAUCAGUGCCAGCUGUCAGUGCUUAUCCAUGCCACCUGCCAGUGCCCAUCGUGCCACAUCAGUGCCACAUUUCAGUGCCUACCAGUGCACAUCAAUGCCACAUAUCAAUGAGCUGCCUUUCAGUGUCACCCAUCAGUGCCAGUCCGUGCCACCUAUCAAUGCCAGUCAGUGCCACAUAUCAGUGCUGCCAAUCAGUGCCACCUAUCAAUGCCAUCAGUGCCGCCUAUCAGUGCCCGUCAGUGCUGCCUAUCAG